GAAAAUUUAAAAGGAAGUGAAGAUCUCUAGAUUCGAACUCCCAACCGCAACCUCAGCGCUUUGACCUCAUAAUUAGGGCUAAAAAUUUCAUUUGCAAAAUUCUUCAGCUGGCUCGUCUUCUUACUCAUCUCCCCGACUCUUCCCUAUUACCUAAUUCGGCCCAGACUGUUAAAAUUUUUCAUGGCGACUGAAUCCAAGACUGCGACUGAGGAAGUUAAGAUUGACCUCUUUGAAGAUGAUGAUGAGUUUGAAGAGUUUGAGAUUAAUGAAGAGUGGGAAAUGAAAGAAGAAGGCAAAGAAAUUACACAGCAGUGGGAAGACGACUGGGAUGAUGACGAUGUCAACGACGACUUCUCUCUGCAGCUUAGAAGAGAAUUGGAGAGCAAUACCGAGAAGAAAUGAGAAGACUUUUUUUUUUUACUGUCUUGUAUGUUUUCAUCUUCUAAGAUCUAUGUUCAACCCUAGGUCUUUUGACCCCAUUGUGAUUUUACGCCGUCUUAUAUCCUUGUAAAUGGUGGUAUUAUGAACAUACUUAGCAGCCUAAAACAUCGUUUUACCUUUUCAGAUCAGAUAAUUGGAAAUUUGUGAAACGUUUAGCUCUGAAGAAAACACUCAUUAUUGUUGUAGCA